AUGUUAGCAUCAACUUUACCAAACUCUUUAGUUAUGAACCCAACUUCAAUGUUAGUAGAUACGUCAAAAACUAUUCCAGAUUCGUUUGAUUUCGAAACAACAAUCCAGAAGAUAAAGCAAGAACUUCUCCAAGGAGAUUUAGAUUGCACUGCAAAAGAUGAAACAAAUGAACAAUAUCUUUAUGAAAUGCAGGAUAUUAUUGACCAUCUACCUAAACUUCCUGAAAUACAACAACAAAAGCUUACUAUUCCAGAAUUUGAAGAAAUUGAAGUCAGACCAACCGACUCAGUUGAAAUUAAGAAGUUCAUACGUAAAGUUAACUAUGAGUUCCUUGGAAUUCAUUGCAACCACAAAGUCAUGGACAAAGACUGCAAUAUGGUAUAUAAGAACAUAUCUGACUUAUACAAAUCUGAAGAAUUCAAAACA